ACACACCACCUCUGUUAUUAUCCAACACAGGCAGGUGCAGAACACACACACGCACGCACACACACACACACACUCACUCACACACUGACAGGUUACUUAUUAAUUUCUCGAAGCUUCAAGAGUUCACUGCCUGCAGCUGCAGCACAUUUUGCCCGACACUCAGCAGCUCCAGCAUGCCGUCUCUGCGACACUCCUACACAGUCACAGCUCCGGAGGAACCGGCCUCUCUGCCCGGAUCAGAGAGACCGGAUCUGCGGAGGAAGAGUCCGCCUCUGUCCCGGUCCAAGCUGGUGUCCACCUUCAUGGGACUGAUCAUCAACCAGGCCAAGAACAAGAGUCCACAAGGUCUGGUGGGACUGAGGAACCUGGGAAACACAUGUUUCAUGAACUCCAUCCUACAAUGUCUGAGUAACACUGCGGAGCUGAGAGAUUACUGCCUGAGAAACGUCCAUCGCUCGGACCUGAACAACAACUGCACGACAAACGCUGCUUUAAUGGAAGAGUUUGCCAAGCUGACUCAGAGUUUGUGGACGUCAGUGAACAGCGAGGCCAUCAGUCCCUCUGACUUCAGGAGCCAGAUCCAGAGAUACGCCCCCAAAUUUGUGGGCUGCAAUCAGCAGGACGCCCAGGAGUUUCUGCGUUUCUUAUUGGACGGUCUCCAUAACGAGGUGAACAGAGUGACGGUUCGCUCUAAAGUGUCGGACGAGGACUUUGACCACCUCUCAGACGAUGACAAAGGGAAGUGGAUGUGGAACAUGUAUUUGGAGAGGGAGGACAGCAAAGUGGUCGAUCUGUUUGUGGGUCAGCUGAAGAGCUCCGUGACCUGCAGCGCCUGCGGCUUCAGAUCCACCGUGUUCGAUCCUUUCUGGGAUUUAUCCAUACCUGUUGCACAGAAGAGCUCCGGCGAGGUGACUCUCAGAGACUGUCUGAGGCUUUUUACGAAAGAAGACGUGCUGGACGGAGAAGAGAGACCGACGUGCAACAGAUGUAAAACCAGGAGGAAAUGCACCAAAAGAUUCAGCAUCCAGAAGUUUCCUCAGAUCCUCGUGCUUCACCUGAAGCGUUUCUCGGACUCGAACCUCCGGACCAGCAAACUCUCAACGUACGUGAACUUCCCCCUCAAAGAGCUCGACCUGCGGGAGUUUUCCUCGGACAGCGGCGAGCGUCCUGUGUACAACCUGUACGCAGUGUCCAACCACUCUGGGAACGCGCUGGGGGGGCAUUACACCGCCUACUGCAAGAACCCAGCGCUGGGGGAGUGGUACAACUACAACGACUGCAGGGUGAGCCCCGUGUCCUCCAGUCAGGUCCGCAGCAGCAACGCCUACGUCCUCUUCUACGAGCUGACCUCCUCCACACACACCAAAUACCAGACGUGUCGGCUCUAGACGUUUCAACCUGCACCAAAAAACUGGGCCUGAAAACAGGAGCCGCACACACACUGCCUGCAGGGAGACGGCGCCCCCUGGUGGAGGGAGUCCUGCCACUACAGACUGGAUAUAAAACACAGAGACAUGAUGAGAAAACGCCUUUUCACCUUCCUCUCGGUGUGUGUUUGGUGGAAGAAGGGGGAUGUUUCUGCACAUUUGAUCUUCUGAAUGUCAAGAUGACCUCGUAAGUUGGACGCACGCUUGGGAAAUAUUACCUACGUGUAUAAUUCAGCUCAAAGCACAGCUUAAAAUGCACUGCUGAGUCUCGAUCUGAAUCCACACAUUGAACAACAACGUGGAAAUCUAAUUUAUUCCAUUUAACACGUAGUAACUGAGAGUGUAAACUGUAUAUUUUAUUGAACAGAGCCUUACGGGUUUGGACAGAUAUUAUUUUUGUACAGUAUUUAUGUACGGCGCAGUGAAUGUACCUGUACUGUGGUGGGAAGCCAAAUAAUACCAAAGCAGCUUUUAGAAUAAAAAAUGCAUCUGAGUCUAUAAAAGAUUAAAGACAUGUAAUGUUAACUUACAAUGCAUCCUGUGUAUUGAUUUUGUGUUUAAAUGGUUAAUUUAAUGGAAUUCAUAAGGUUACAAAUAUUUUAGAUGUUACAAAUUACAAAGAUGUUAGAAAUAAAAUAAUUCUAAAUAUUA